AUGGAAGAAGUUGUGGACGAAAGGGAGUUUGAUUACAUGAGAGGAAGUAAAAAGGGACCUGAUCACUGGGGAGAGAUAAAGAAAGAAUGGUCAGCAUGUAAACAUGGAGACAUGCAAUCUCCCAUAGACUUGUCAUGUGCCAGAGUCAAAAUUAUCCCUCGCUGUCAACAACUCCACACUGAUUACUUUUCUUCUAAUGCCACCAUGAUCAACAGAGGCCAUGAUAUUGCUGUAUAUUGGAAGGGUGAUGCUGGCUCAAUACACAUCAAUGGAACCGAAUUCUUUCUGAAACAAUGUCAUUGGCACUCUCCUUCUGAACAUUCCAUCAAUGGCAGGAAGUAUGACUUGGAGAUGCACAUGGUGCAUGCAAGUGGGGAAAACAAGAUUUGUGUGGUUGGUGCUUUCUAUAAGAUUGGUCAUCGCCCUGAUCGUUUUCUCUCUCGGGUGGAGAAAGAUAUGAAGCAGCUGGUUGAUGAAGAAGUAGAGAGAGAAAUUGGAGAGACAAAUCCCUCAGGAAUACAGACAAGAGGCAAUAUGUAUUACAGAUACUUAGGCUCACUCACCACUCCUCCUUGCACUGAAGGUGUCAUCUGGAACAUUGAUAGAAAGAUAAGGACAGUUUCGGAAGCACAAGUGAGGCUUCUGAGGGAGGCAGUGCAUGAUCAUGCAGAGAGGAAUUCCAGACCAAGGCAGCCACGUAACCAAAGAGAUAUAUUAUACUUCCGAUUCAAAAGCAGAGCAAAUCAAAAAAAUAAAUUCUGA